AUGUGUUGUGAUGUGCUUUUGGAUCGUGAAGUGUCUUUAAGUGAUUCUAAACUGGAGAAGGAUAAUUUACUGUGGAGCAACAUGCUCACUUCUAGCAACCAGUAUCUGCGACCCGAUUACUUGUCGCCGCUACCGACCACGCUCGACGCGAAAAAGAGCCCGCUGGCACUCCUCGCGCAGACCUGCAGCGCCAUCGGCGCCGACUCGCCCAAUCCGAAACUCGUCUCGGCGGCCGAGAAGGCGAGCAAGAAGUACGACGAGAAGUCGGUGCACGUGGACAACAAGCCCAGCUUCAAGCCUUACGAAUCGUGUCUGACGAGAGAAAAGACUCGGACUCCGGAAGACAGAGCUUCGGCCAACGCUCAGUCGAAGACUCCGUCGUCCAAGGGAAGCGCGUCCACCACCCCGGUGCAGGCGCGCUGCGGCAGCAAUCAGAGCUCAUCUUCUCUCAGAACCUCGCCGCCGUCGCACCGUAAAACGCCCUCCGAGAAAUCCGAAGAGAGGUCGAGCCCGAUGUCAUCACCGGCUCAAGUCAAAUCUAAUUCUGACCCGACGAACUCAUCAUCCAAGUUACCAUAUUCGAGCAGUCUGACGUCUAGUACUGAUACCAAAGAGCAUACCAGUUUCAAACCGAGCGUCCCCGUGACGUCGUCGGCGUUCCUGGGAGGUUUGCCGCCCUCCGGAUUUCCCUUACCGAUGGAUCUCAUGACCAGCAGCCUCAUGGCUGCGCAGCACCACGCGUUAAAAAAUGGACUCAACCCUUAUUUAGCGUACGCUAGAAUGAAAGCGCCCGGAAGCGAUCUAGGUAUCUGCAGAGACCCCUACUGCACGGGCUGCUCGUUAAGUUCUCAUUUGCUCAAAUCCGCCGCUUGCCCGGCCGGCUGCUCUCAAUGUGAUCACGCGAAGACGCCGUUCUCGCUGCCAUCCGGUCAUCCGGCGGCCGCCGCGUAUGCCCACGCACAGCUCGCAGCGUUGGCGGCCGCUUCACAGCUUCCGUUCGUGUGCAGUUGGAUGGCGGGCGACACGGCUUACUGUGGGAAGAGGUUCGCAACGUCGGAGGAAUUAUUACAGCACCUUAGGUCGCACACGGCGAGCGGAGAAUCGAAUCCUAGUCUCUCUAUGCUGAGCGCGACGCAUCCUCUCCUGCAGAGGACGUACCCUACUCCCCCGCUGUCGCCUUUGACGCCUCGCUUUCACCCGUACAGCAAACCGUCGCAUCUCGUUUCUUCACCGCCGUUGCCUUUCCCGCUGCCGCCGCACCCUUCGCUCGCGGCGUACUUCCCGUCGUACCCCUUAUUCGGUCCGAGACCUCUGCAUCCUUGA